AGACGGCCUUAUUGGGUAACCAUGUCAUUGAAUAUUUCGUUAUAUACAAUCUCUGCUGUUCUAAUAUUAGACAAUGAGGGAAACAGAGUCUUUUCCAAGUACUACCAUUCAUCAUUAGAGGAAACUAGUGAUUCCCAAUUUGAAACCAGUUCUCAACAAAUUAAAUUUGAAAAGUCGUUGUUUGGCAAAAUCAACAAGAUAAAUCAAGAUAUUUUACUCUACGACAACCAUUUAAUCGUUUAUAAGCAAACCAACGAUGUCAUAGUUGUGCUUGUUGCCAAGAUUAACGAGAAUGAAAGUUUGAUUUACUCCACGUUGGCCAACUUGUUUGAAGCUAUAAGUAUAUUAUUGGACAACACCAUCGACAAACAAACCAUUUUGGAUAAAUUCGACAUGGUUAGUUUGGCCAUCGAUGAAACCAUAGACGACGGUAUCAUAAUUGAAUACGAUCCAGCUACAAUUGUGUCCAGAGUGACUAAUCCGCCAUCUAGUCAUUACGAUGUCAAUUUGAAGAAUAUCGAUAUCAGCGAAAAGGGGAUCUUCAACGCGUUAUCCUUUGCUUCUAAGAAGAUUGGUGAAAGAUUACAGCAGGGUUUGUAAUAGCUAUAGUGUACAUUUUCCUCUUUUUUAUCCGUUAAUAUACACACACAUACAAAGUUUUCUUUCUCACUGUAUAAAACCACCGAAAAAUAAACGUCAAAAAUUUCUUACAACCAAACCAACAUAAACAGACAAAGUUUGCCGUGGCAGUAUCAGCAACAGUAGUAGCCAU